AUGUCCCACCACAAGGGCAAACGGGCAUCCGAAAAGCAGGACAAGCUGCAUUUUUUUGGUGCCAAACAGGGACAGGCAAAGGGAGCACUGCUGUUGGAAGACUCCCAAGAUGGCAUCGAUACAGACGGCGAACAGGCGGUAAACCCGGAUCCCACGGGCCUCAUACUUACCACAGACGGCCUGCAAGCUAUGUUUGACAGCAUGACAUCAAAAUUACAAGACACACUACAGUGGUCUUUCACUGACCUCCGCACGGACAUCCAACAACUUGGAACCCGCACCUCAGAGCUGGAAUCCAACAUGGAGGCGCAUGUGGAGGUCCACAACCGUCUCACAGCCAGAGUGGGGAAAGUAUGGGACGAGAUUAAUGACUACGAGGCUAAGUUGGCUGUUAUGGAAGACCGGGCCCACCGCAGUAACCUACGCCUAAGAAAUGUCCCUGACUCGUUCAUCUCUGUGUUCCAGAUCUGCCCCAGGAUAUCCUGCUAAUGGACCGAAUCCACAGGGUGGCAAAACCGCAAUACCUGCCUCCGAUACUCCUAGGGAUAUAGUCCUUAAAAUGCACUACUAUCACGCCAAGGAGGCAAUCAUAAAAGCCAGCAGCACACAAAAAGACUUGCCAGCCGCUUACCAGAAAAUUAAAGUCUUCGUGGAUAUCUCAGCCAUGACGCUCAGGAAAAGAAUAACCUUCAACAUCAUCACCAACCUACUUAGGAGCAAUAACAUCGCAUAUAGGUGGGGUUAUCCGACCAAAUUACUGGUACAACGUAACAGGGCUCUCAGCGCCAUCUGCACACCCGAGGACGGACUGCAGAAGUUGAAAGAUUGGGGACUCAAUACACCAGCACAACAACCAGAGGCAGCCGGACGCUUGCCCCAUGUACGGAAGAAAGCACUCAAAUAG